UAUUCGUAUUUCUUUUUGACUAUGCCAUUGCCUCAUUUCUAAGCAGACCAAAUGGCUUUGCUUUGCGCUUGCUGGCCUGCAACGUUAGCUAUCAAUGUUUCAUGUUGAGUUUGUAUGUUUUAAGAAAGCUAUAAGACAUGGAUCUCAAUGGCUAGGCCACUGCAUUGGUUUCUCUAACGACUUGAAAUUAAAAUAAUUGUACGCUAAAUGAAUACAACUUUUAAAUAAAGAUUUAUUUUUAUUUAGGAUGAGGAUUCUUUCCAUCACCAGCUUUCCAUUACAUUUCUCUUCAACAUAUUUUGUUUACUUCUCGGCGCAAAACUGUUAUUGUUUGGCAGAUUUGAUUUACCACUUUCUUGUUAUUUUUUUGUAAUUCCUUCAGAUUAAAUCUGCCUGUAAAUGGUGACUGGCUUUUCUAUGUAAAUAAACUUUAAAAAUUGUACAACAGAUUUCUGCAGAAUCUGUUAGGAUCUGUGCUGAUAAGAGGCAUUCAUAAAUCAUUUCGAUUGAAGACUUUUUAAUUUGUCUAAAUUUUUCUUGAUUGCGAUGCUCUGACUGCAUGCGCAGAUAAAAGAUUUUGCAGAGGCAAAUGCAUAGCUCUUUCUUAAGAUAUUUUAAACUGCAGCAAUAAACUUGUAUAAAAAAAAGGAAGAAUAUCGCAACUACGGUGUUUCGUUUGUUUUAGAAGCUAACCAGACAUUUUAUAUACCUGUUGCUUUUGCGACUUGAAGCACGAUAACGCAUGCUCAAAAACUAUGCAGAUUUAUAAAGAAAUUUAUACUUAUAGAGAGUUGAUUUGAAUUUAGAUAAAUGUAUAAUUUAAAAGAAAAAUAAGCGAAAAUAAGCAACUUCACUAGCAUAGUUCCAGCUUAACUUCACGCAUAACUUAUAAUAUUUGCUCAAAACUUUGAAUUAUCACUAUUAAUGUCUAAUUAGCCAGCACAGUUAGCAGCAAUGUUAAACUAAUAGGGCAAUUUGCUAGUCUAAAUUCUCUCUCUUAAUUUAAGAGUUAUUAAUUUUUCCACUUUCAUAUGCCUGUGAAUAUCACCAAGGCCUUUCCCUUUAAUUUUGAAAUCAAAUCGCCUUUAUGUUUGAAUUUUUAAAUAGCAACUUAUUAAUGAUGUCUUCAGCCUUUUCGGUCCUAUUAGAACAGCUCCAUAUCAAGCAUUAUCUUGCUAAACACAGGUUAAAAUAAGAUUUUUUUUAUCACUAAAUUUUGGGAAGUAACUUUGAAUCUUAACCCAGAAGAGUAAAUUCAAACAGUAUAAUCCGCGUUUUCUUCAUAAACCUAGACGAUAGUGCAAAUGCAGGAUUCUUCCAAACUGCAUUGCGCAUUGAUUCGUCUUCUGGCAUCCAUCUGCCUCAAAAGCCAAUUUGCUAGACGCUCUUUACUCAGUAGCAGGAUGCUAGACUGCCUCGCAACGGUUUGAUGCUAUUAUCAACACGGAUUACACUCCUCCUUAUUAUUGUCUCCAUGAUGGAUCAGCCAGGUUUCUGCAUCAUUUUUAAUGUCAUUUUGACUCUGGUAUUGUAUGUCAGCUCAGAAUAUAAAACUUCCAAGCUGUCCUUGUUCUCUUAACUGCAAGUUAGCAUUAUCUGUUUUGAGUCUCUUUCACGCUGUUUGGUUUUUCCUAUGUAGGAAAGGCAAAUUUUGCAUUUUGUUAGAAUUAUACUUUUUAUAUCACCAUAUCACACUUUGCAUCAUGCAAUGUGUUUCAAGUGUCUGAUGUUUUGCCUCUAUUUUGGUUUUUUUCGACCUCUAGCUUGCAAUUUUUAGGCCUUUGGCACAAACAUUUUGUGUCGUGAAUCUUUCAAAUAACUUUUCAUAAGUUUGCAGUGUCACAUUCAUUGCUCUUCUUAGAUCAAAUGCUUCUUUAUCAACUCCAAAACAGUAUUCUCUAGCUCAAAGCUUCCGUAAACUAAGAAUGUGAAGAGAGCUAUUCGCAACAAUGUAUGGCAUGUGUCCCUUCUAGUUUGCCUGACGGGUUAUUGAUGGAAUUUUCUUACUUACGUGGUACUAUUCUCUAUUGGACGUUAGAAUAUCGUAUGUGGUAUAUAGUUAUGUCUUUCAUACAGUCUAUGCUGUACUUUAUGAUCCAUAUGAUUCACGUAUUCUUUCAUUGCUUACUGAAUAAGCAAGAAUAUUGGCAGUUGCAUUUGUGAUUCAGUAACAAAAAUUGCGUGUGUUUAUGUACAAAUAGCGAUUCUAAAGGGCAAAAUGGUCAUAAACUUUUAAUCUUGUGGUCUUAAAUUGAUUUUAUUGAUUUGUUUCUAUAAGCCUUGUAAAGUGCAUCUUAUCACUAAACAAAAACAAACACUAUAUUUUGUAUUUUAGUCCAAAUAUGUGUUUAUUAUCAAUUUCAAGAAGCUUGACACCAUACCAGAAAUGUAUAUAAGUUUCAAUUAGAAAUUUAGAACAAGAAAUCAUCGUUCAAAUUUCUCAAAAAGUUUGAUGCAGAAAGCAUUUGAGCGUCUAUAAUACUCUCUUUGCUUGUAUUAAAGCGCUGCCUAUUUUCAAACGUGUUUUAUGGCAGUAUCUUUUUCAUCUGUGCAGCCAAAGUAUACAGUGUACCCCUUUUAUGGACUUUAAUACACCAACUAUUCUGUCAUCUUUUCCUUUAAAGUGACAUUGUCAGCUCAAUUUAUAGAAAUUGUACUAAAACGUGGGCUUUCUUUCUGACAAUUUUGUCAACAAAAAAUUCAUCCUGAGUCUCGUUACAUUAUCCUGAGCUUUCCUCGACAAUUUGGAUUUUAUUAACUGUAAAUUUUGCCGCCUUUUAUAAGGUAUUUUUUAUGUUAAUUCUGUCUCUGGGUUGAUAAUUGAUUCGGACAUUUUUAUUGUUUACAAAUGUUAUGGAAACUUCUGUACAUUGCUUGUUUAAAGUUGAGCCUUCUCAGUAUUAUAGAGCUGCAGUGAUUUUCACUCCACUGUACCUAACGUUAUUAGGAUCGCUAUGAAGUUAUUUUCAUUACAGUUUUAGACCCUAGUUUCUUUAAAGUUGAUAAGCAAAGAUUUGUAAAGUUUCAAAGCAAAUUUUUUCAUUGUUCCUAGGAAAAAUCUAUGUUCCGUUGUGUUAGGAUUAAUCUUUUACAAUAUUGCAAUUGUUUCCCUUUGCUGAAUAUGUAAAAACAUGAAUAACUAAACCGGAGGUUCUUAAGCAUUUAUUUGUGAUCAUUAUUUGACUGUGAAUUGCACGUUUUGAUUUCAAAAUAAGCUAAGUAAUUGCACCAUUAGAAUAUCAAAAUAGAUUAAUGAUAGACUUCGAUCUUGGCAGAAGUCCAAAGCUGUCGAAGGAUAUCAGAUACUUUAGUGAAUGACAUGAAAAAUAAUUUUAUUCGCUAAGGUAUCUUUAUAGAUUCGUAGUAAUAGAUUAGAUAGCUAAAGCCUUAAAAGAUCAAUGCGGAACACAAAUGUUUACGAAGAUGCAAGAGGAAAAAUGAUUUGAAAUCUUUUUAAAUUGUUUAUAUCUGCUGCUCAAAAUAUCUGCAGCAAAAGUCGAUUCAUAUCCAAAAAUUCUAACACUGUAUAUAAUUAUGUAUCAAAAUACAUUCUGUAUCAUAUUUAUUGAAAGGAAUACACAAAGUAUUGCUUAAUUUAUACGAAAAGUUUUUGAAUAAUGCCGUCAAAAAUGUCUAGGUAACAUAUAACUUACUAAAGGAAAUAUCGCACAAUAAGCUUUUGUUACUUAAUGCUUGGUAACAUGCGGACAAAAGAUCAUAUUUGCUUGCGUUGGAGAUUUUUUUAAUAAGGUUCACCUAAAUUUGUAGAUAAACAGAGAAGAUUGUUUGUUAAAGUCUAGAAAGUGAAAAAUUUUCAUAAUUUUAAUUGGCUGUUGUAUCUCCCCUUGGUUGGGUUCAAUUAUCACAAUGCGUUAAAAAUUAUCCAAAUUUGUUUGUUGUCGGAUAGUAGCACCAAAAUUUGUUCCACUGAAUAUUCUGAGUACAUUUUUAUUAAAGACAAAAAUGCUUCAAAGAUAAUAGAAAACAAAAUGAUUAAGAGAAAAUCCCUUUUUAUAGAUAAUUGGCUUAUCAAAAGAUUUCGUUUCAUUAUUCACUGAUAUCUUUUUCCUACUCUCUGUCAUGUUUUUUAUCAUAAUGUCUAACAAAUAUAACUGCAACUUAAGUAAAAUAGCGAAAAGGAAUGCCCAAACCAACCAAUAAGUUCUUUGUUUAUUAAAUUACUUAUUAUGUUUGCUGGCUUAACUAGUCAUUCUAUUCUGCACGGCACUUGCAGAUUGAGUGAUAAAUUUGAAAAAAAACUUUAGUCUUUUCAGUCUAAUCCGCAAAAUGUCUUGAAUAUGGCCUCUUCUCCAACCAGCAGUUAAUUGUUGCUGUGCAACGGAAAAUGACUAGGGUUCUUCUAAAUAUUCCAGUUACAGAAGGUUUUUUUGCACUGGUAUUUGGCUACGUAUGACUACGAUUUUAUAGACGUGAUUUAAAUGUUUUAUAAGACUCUUGUAAGAACUAAUUAGCUCAAAGUCUAGCAACUAAGAUUUGUGUAUCCAUGCACUUUAAGGCAAAAACAGUUUGUUAUUAAGUGUCACCAACUCUUCUAAAUCUACGCUUGUCGAUCCAAUAUUCAAUAUUUUAGAACAAAUGCAUUGGUGUUAAAAAUCUAAGAAUAUCCGUUUUGAUGAUAACCUCUCGGAUAGGACUUUCGACUCUUCUUUAGAAUGUGCACACAUGUUUUGCGUGCUAUGCAUCGUGGAAUAAAGUUUAAAAUAAUCACGAAUCUUUGUAUAUAUACGUAAUGAUGCAAGCAACUGGAAAAAAUUAUCCUAGUUACUUUAUGUAGACAGUCACUAAUAAGCAAUCAGUUCUGUUAUAUUUAACAAUCCAUCGCAGAAUAGUUUGCCUCAGCUGCCGUCCGUAAGUCAUCUUUGCAAGCAUAGAGAAAAAGCCCGCACUACUCUUCAAAAUAAAGCCAGCACAAAGAAGGAUUCUCGCAAAACCUCUCGGCCAUGCAAAUUUAAUAUUUCUUUAUCUUGCUGACAAAAUUUCCAUUUAUGGAAAAGACAACUGAAAUGUAGACUUUGACAACAAACAACAAUUUCAGCCAAUGAACACCGAUGUUUUCUUAGCUUUUCUGGAUAGUGCAAAAGACUCUUGCCGUAAGCAUCGGCGAGAGUCCUGAAAACUUCAUUCCUAAAGUUUGUAGCUUUGUAAUUUUGAAAUAUUGCAUUAAUUUGAAAAGAUUUUGGUAACUUCAAAAUAUUUUGGGAAAAUCGUUUCCAGCGUGUCUUUUUCUGUAGAGAGAGAAAUAGCCGAGGUGAAGUAAACAACAUACCAAAGAGGCCCCAAUUGCAAAAAUAUCAUACCAGAAACCUUCCUUGCAAUUCUAAGUUAUAUAUUAUUCUGUAUCAAAUCUUUAGCAGCCAGAAUAUCCGUAGUGUUACUACAAUAUUUCGCUUAUUAUUCUCAAUAUCUUGAUCUUUGCGGAAUUUCUCGAUAACUUCAAAUACCAUGAUUGAUACGUCAGUGGGAAGUCGAAUGCUCUACCUGCUAAACUCGCAUGAUAUUCUAUACUCGAAAACCUUUCAAUAAUCAAAUAUUGUUCUCUUUUGGCACAAAAGAUUAAUCGUCGAGUAAACUCAAUAUUAUUUGCUCAAAUCACUGCCUAACGUUGCCUUCAAAAGUAUAGCAUUUGCUUUUUCAAGCCUUGGGUGUGCCUUUCAGAUUGACAUUCUUAUUCUUUUAAUAUUCGUCCGCAUUAUAAUUUCGCUAUUUUCUAUUCAUUAUCUCGAGUACUUUUAAUCAAACUAUAUAACUGAAGGAUAACUUUGUAUUUUCUGACACGUCAGAGAUACUCCCUUAUCGGAGUCUACUAUCACAGAUAAUGAAAACCUAGACGAUCUUGCUUGCCAAUCUCAUCAUAUUCAAAUUUCAUUUUCGUUCUUUGGUGAAUUUCAUAUCCUGAAUGAAUGUAACUUCUAUUCAUUCCUUCACUCUAAAGCCCUCUUCAUAUGAUUUUCAGUCAGUCUUCUCUUAAGAUGUAUACGUAAUUUAAUUAAUUACAAACAGUCCUUGUACACUUUCUUCUCCCAUUUUGUUGAUAAAUUUUUUUGGGUUAGUAAUAAGUACUUCUGCACCAUCAUUCUAUUCAGGCUCCGGAUUAUCAAGCUUUUCCUAAGUCACGUUCUAUUAAGCUCCUUACGAUCAAUUAUUUCGUUGCUAAUGUUUGCCAAAGUUCAAUAAAUUAUGAAUCUUCAUUUAAACUGGCUUCUUAUUGUCUGGCUCUGUUCUUAAUGCAUUUUGUACGCUUUGUUGUAGAUGACAUCUUUAUAACAGGCUUUCUGGUGCAAAAGACACAACGAUUUUUGCAAUUUUGGUUCUUUUCAACUUCUCUUUUAUGUAUAUCUAACGAUCUGCCAAUCUUCUCUGUCUUUGGAUGCGCAAUGGUUUUAAAAAUUUUUUAGAGAGUACGCAUCUUUGUAUAUUGAUAUGAAUGGACUCCCUAAAGGCUCACUACGGUAUCCUUUGCUCUUCGCCUUUUCUAAACUUCUACCAUUUUCAUAGAUCACCUAGUUAUAUCUUAUGAAAGAGUAUCGAUACGACCUUAAAUAUACUAAUAAAGUUUCUGGAAUGCACCAUUUUUGUCCCUUUUGCUCUGAGAAAUUUAAAUGCUUUCAUCUUGGUGACUUUUUGGAAGAAUGCUGUUGAACGUAAUUGUAAGACCAUGUAACAGUAUUCGGCCACCUUCAGGAUGCGUUGAAAUUAGGCAGCGCAUAAUCAAACCAGUGCUUUGUCUAAUUUGCUGUACUUGUUUACUUGAAAUUUCGCUCUGUUGAUUAAGACAAAAAUGAAAUGAAAAAUGCCACUUAAAUUGGACACACUUGAAAUUGUGGUUUUUUUAAUUGAGAUAAACGAGGCUUGCCUCAUCACUGUGUUGAACCACUACAUGUGGCGGAAUUUAAGACAUUUUUAAGCACGUUAACUCUUUCCGAAUACUUGUCAUAAUAUUUUUCUUUGUCUUACCGCGUAGAAGCAAAUCUCUUUGUUUACAUGUUGCUGGGCUGGACGCUUAAGAACCAGGUUGAAAUUACACCGUAGUUUAAUUAGCAAGGCCUUGCCUUGAAGCUGGCUGGGAUUUCUCAUCAAAGUUGACCUCUUUUACAAGCCACCCAAGCUGAGAAAUGUCUGAUCUGUUUUCGUUUUGCAAUUAAAUGCAAAGAAAAUUAAUUCCUUUUGUUUUUGAUUGUUUUUAUUUCGUUUAGAUUAAUUGGUCCUACACUUUAUCUAAAAUUCAUACCUUUUUUAUUCGAAGAAAAAAGGAAUUUUUUAGCCGAUCUUGAUAAACAAUUAUUUACAUGAUAGAUAAUGUGAUACCAUUUUCGUUGAUCUAUGAUAAAUUCUUGGAUAACAUCUUUUUGGGAUUGCUUUUGGCACAUGCUUUUUUAUAAAAACAUUAUAAAAACCCUUAUAAAAAACAUCAGGCUGAGAUUUGCCUAAAAAUAAGUGCAAAAUAAAAAACAAGGCAGGCUGAAAUUAACAAAACUCAAGAAAUAACAGCAAAAAAUUGAGAAAUGCAAAAUAGCAACAGAUGAACAGAAAUCGAUAGGCAAAAUAUCAUUAUUUACUUUAUGAAGCACAUGUUAAGUCCGCUAUGCAUAGGAAAUUCAGUUGCGGAAAUAAGAAAAAAAUAAGAAAAACAAGAGCCUGAAAUUUUGAGAACAAAGAGAAAGACCAGGGUGAAGCUGGCGCCAAGUUUUAUUUUUAAAAAACGUGUAGCUAUAUUUCGAAGGGGAACGGGCUAUUUUUAAGAAGGUGGUAGUUAUGAAUUUUGAAUCUCUAAGUAUUCAAACUAAGAAAAUUAAGAGAUCGUCGUAUCACUUUUAUGAGCUCUAGUUUUUUUAAGUAAAUACUAUGUUUAGCAUCCAAGAGAACGGCUCAUUUUCAAUCCAUGCUUUCCUUUAUAACAAACUGAACGGAGAAUUUGAAUAAGCAUUCUUGCCUAUUCUUCAAGAUAUUUGACUCGCUACAUCUUUUUAACUUUCUCUUGAUUUGCGUAUCAAAUGCCAAGGGUGUCCUUCUCACCGCUUUUCAGAAACCGUCGAAAAGUGUCAAUUCGCAAUGUUAUCUUCGAGACGCUUAGCACGACCGAAACGCUAUAAUUAUGCUGCAAGAUGACUGGUCUGAGCUUUUAUGCAAAAUUUAUAUGUAAAAUCAAUAUUAUAUACAUCUAACAUUUAUCUGUCAAGCUUUGCCUUGUUCUGAUUUACGUGGCUGAGCAUAGAAAUGUCUUCUAUGCAAAAUGUGACGAUCUUGGCUUAUCUUUUCAAUAUCUCCUUGUUUUCCAUAAGGCCAUGGAUUUUGGCUCAUCUUUGUCCUGCUCAAAUCAUUAAGAUGUUAUAUAACGUUUUUCGUAUAGUAAAUCUGAAUGCGGAUCUUUUGUCCUCUUAAGGUGGUUUCCUCUCUUUGAUUUUGCGAUUGAUUACAACUCCUAGUGGUUCUUCGAGGUUCUAUGAGCUACGAAAUGCCCGAGAACCAUGACAAAUAAAAUCCAGGCUGUGCGCAGACCAAAUGAGUUCACGCAUUUCUGACUAUUUAUACUCUCUCUGCUCUAUAAGCAGCACCAUCUCCAUGACACCCCUGGACACCCCCUCUCUCCUUAUGUUUGGAGACUGUUGAAAGCCCUGGUUAAGGGUACUUGUAUUGCAUCUAUGAAGCUAAAGCUCUAAGAAACUUCCAAUGCAGAGGAUUGCCAUUGUCAACUACUUUUGUUGGCUUUUGCAUCUAACUUGUAACGCACCCAUUCAGAAUUGCAUGCAGACUUUUUCGAUCACUUUCCAAUCAGGACUGGAUUUUUAAACUUUCUUUAAAAGCUCAGCAAUUUGCUUCUUUGACACAUACAUAAAUCGACAUUUUAGAGCUUUUGAAAACCAAUUUUUGAUAUUUAUUGGGCUGAAAAAACGUAAUGUCAAUUUGCCCUGUGUAACAUAACAUACGAAAUGAAUUUUUUAUAAAGUUCAAGUCAUGUGUUGCUGUAGCAAUUUUUAAAUUUUGUGUUAGCAUAUAGCAUGCAUUAACCACCCACACUUUAAAAUUUUAAACCAGAAAAAGGUCACUUUGGGUGUACUCUAGACAAAACUAGUUAACAAUAUCUUUGAGUUUCAUUACAGAUUAUUUGGUUUGAAGUCAGAGCUGUAAAAUGAAAUUUUCUGAAGCCUUUGUUAACUGACUUGACCGCUCAAAUCAAUUUUUAAAAUCAUAUCAUAUCAAACUACAAGUCCUAUCAUUUUUACCAAUAAAUAUUUACCUAUUUUUUUACCAAGAAAUAAAAUAAAAUUUUUUAUUGUAAGCAGUAAGAACUAAAACUGUAACUGUCAACUUAUAUCUUUGAGGAAACAUUUUCUGUCCCCAGCAUGAUGAACUAGUAGCUGACAGUUCAAUCCAAGACUUUCAAAAACUAUAGCAACAACUAAAGAUUUGAAAAUGAUAGCAUUGAAAACCGCAAAUUUAUUGCUUACCCUAAAACUUUGAAUGGGCCGCACUGAUAGCCUGCGUGCCGACUCUCAAUUUUUCUACGUACUGAUGACUCUAAGAAAUACUUUUACUAAAUGAAUGGCGGUCUUCAGAGCAGGAAGUGCCUAGUUGUCUCUAUUCUGAGAAAUGAAAAACCCCCUUCUGCUAUUCUACUCAGCAUUUUUCUAGCCCCACAAUCUGUUCCUUUUCCUUAAGAUGUGUCGAACCAUUAAAAAGCAUAUCCUGUGUUAUCUUGUUUUGUUUACAUCUAAAAAAACCAAAGUUAAAAAGCCAUCACAUGAAUAAGAUAUAAAAUCUGCUGCCUAAUUGUUAUUUCUGAACCGGAUUUUGAUGCUACAUUAUUCUAAUCAUCAACAAAUAAUAACAAUCUUCAUUAGAACUAUAACAAACUCUAAAUUAGGGAUUUGUACCAAAUUCUGUUUAUUUUCUUCUCACCAUUUUCUGUAACUCUAUACCUGCGGAAAUACCCUCUACUUCUUGAUAAAACUAAAGGGGAGAAAUCCAUCACUACACAAUUCUGAUUGUAUUACCACAUCUGAUCAAGGCACGCUACAAUACCUCACUGCAAGUUAAUCUAUCGGAUUUAGUAGCAUAACUGGUAUUAAGUCAUUGUGUUAAGCAAGAUCCAUUUUGAAACAGCUAAUCUGUUCUGAAAUGAGAGAUUGAGUUGGUAUUGCCCAUACAAACAUUGAAAGUCUUUUCUGAAUAUUCUAGAAAAGCAAGGAAGGAGUUUAUUGCUUAUCUUGCAUAGCAAAUUAAUGAUUGUUUUUAAACGGAAAGCACUACAAUCAUUAUGAGCAUUUUCAUUGUCGGAAAAUUUCCUUUUUUCUGUGCCAACCGUUAAGGCUCCUUUUCUAAGUUGCUCAACACGCAGUUCACUGCCUAACCUUUAAUCUAAUUGUUCAAUAUUUUCGCCCAGUUUGCCUCACAGAUACCCACAAUCAUUCAAGAAUCCAAAAGACUACCUUAUGUAUUGGCUGAACUUAUAACAUAAUUACGAAUCAUCAAAGAGGCUGCAUAUGUGCGGUAUGUUACGAUCAGCGUUCCAGGAAGAGAAAACGCUGCCCGUCUAAACGCUGACUUCAAGUUUUAUGUGCCGCUAUAUGGACUCGUUACAAGAUCCUUUGAAAGAGCAUGUUUUACUGCAUAAUUUUAAACAUUGAAACGGUUUGAGGCCAAGAAAAACGCUUUUGCUAUCUAUCAGUAUGUUUGGUUUCGUCAAUGAGUGAUGGCUAUCUGUGUAAAUGUAACAAAUGAAGAAAAAAGCAGAGCUUUUCGUUAUUGAUUUGAGUAAUAUCUAGGAAUUUUCUUAUCUAAAAACUCGUAAUACCAUAAACAGUUCUCUGACUAAGCGGCUGCUGGCCUUACCGACAUGAUACCGCUAAAAUUCUUUAUAAUUCCGCUCGAUUAAAGCGCAAUUCUGCAUUCAAAUUGCAUGUAUCAGUCUUUUUGGCAUUUUUGAUUGCAGCAGAAUCUUUUUUUUCGAAUUCUUGUUUCCUUUAGACUACAAAGAUUACUGUUUACCGGUCUCUCAUAGCGUGCUCGAUGUUAUUUAGGCAGAGCUUUACCAGCUUAGAACUACCCUGUUCUAAACACUAAAUAGUGUAUCUUUUAGACUAUAUUUUCUACCUCCUUUCGACGUUAUUCUUCUGAAAAAAAACGUUUGAUCUUUUAAUUUUUUGGUAGCUUUAUGCAAUCUACCACACCGAGUACUUUCUUGUUGCUUAGAAUGAAAGCUAAAAUACGUUUGGGCAAAUCAUAUUUUCAAGUUUCUUGAAUUCACAUCUCGUAGGUAUAGAGUCUGUAGAAUAAAUUCUCUGAUGACAUGCAAAGCUUCUAGAUUUUAAAAUUGGUUAUCCACCUUUUUCGUAGUUUUUUUUUAAAAUUUCACAGAACACCCCAAAAUAUACGCAAAAAUGCAAAGUGUUAGAAUCCAGUUUUUGCGGUAAUUUUAGCUUACAACUGACCUGCUACUUUGUCUGUGUCCUUAGAAGCUGAUUGUAAAUUAUAAUUGAGCUCAGAUAUGCUAUCUCAAAAUUUUGCGAUUCCUGCUAUUCCUGGAAAGACAAGUUAAAUUUUAGGUUUUUGUUUUAGAUAAAGCUAGCUAACAAUUUUGAUAUGAUUUCUCAGGAACUCCAUAACUCAUUUUGUAUUCUUCAUUUUUUCUAUUCCUUUUCGAUACAAUCAAAGUUUUCAGGUAAAUUUUACAAAAACCAUAUUGUUUAUAAAAUUCAUUUGUGUGUAGACGAGGCUACUUCUUGUUGUAGUAGAAAUCUAAUCCUGGCAUCAUUUGCAUACGAUAGGCUUCGGGACACAAAAUUACAGCUAUAUGAACCUUGCAGUAAUCAAGAGGUAUCUACGUGAAUCCUAAAUAAGGCUCAAACCAAUAUCUGAGUUUGCUGCAGACCCAGGAUAUUGUUUGCAGAACAACCAGUUUUCAUAGAAGACUCGAUAAUGUUUAGAAAUGUACCUAUACCCGAGGUUAAAUAUCGUCAAGAGCCUGAACAAAGUUCCAAAUAUCCAAAAAUAAAACGCUGGCUGAAGUCGCAAAGAAUCUUGUGUCUGUCGUAGACACCCAGUGUUCAUUAUCGCAUUCCUUUUAAAUGGCGCAAGUUUUCACACACCUUCAAUUUCACACGUCAGAAGGACGGCUUUGAAGCCUGAUAAAGUUUGAUAAAAUGACUCAGAGAUUUAGCGACUGGAUUUAUAAUUAAGGAAGAUUUAGGGUAUUAACGGUUUUGAAGAUAUGCGCUAAGUUUGAAAAAUGUACACGCUUAGUUCUUAUUCAAAAAUCUUUGUCUCUUUGCAUCUAAUUUUUGCGCCAUGGCUUAAUGGUACUUUCAAAAAUGGUACUUUUUACAUAUGCAUAGUUUUAUGUACAUGUUUAAGAUUUCUACAUUUCUUUGUUUCUUUCUUUCUUUCUUUCUCUUUUUUUCUACAUUUUCUACAUUUUCCAUAUUCCACUGAUUUCUAAUCAGAGUUUUACCCACAUUAUCAGUAUAAAGAGCGAUAACAUCCUAAUCAUUAGGACGAUAAGAUCUCGUUUCAAGCUUGAAACGCAGUAUUAGUAGCUAUUUUUAUAAAGAAUGAUAUUUUAUACUUGUAGCUAUAUUGCAUAUACAUUAUAGACACAGUAUUUAUAAAAGCAUCGGUCACUAUUUUUCUCCACUCCAAUACUCUGAGCAUCUUCUAUGCACUGCAAACCUUCACUGUUAUGUUAGCCAUUCCAUGCUUCGCAAAUUCUGUGAAAAGAGAACUUUUUGUACCAUCAUGUCGCCUUAGCAUUUUCUCCUUCAGUUGUUUAUUCUUUAAUGAAAUCUCCACUUGCGCUGCUUUAGAACCUUGAUCUUCAUCACUAUUUUACUUAGAUUGUCCGCAUAGUUAGUGCAACAAUUGUCCGGACAUAUAAGGAAAUUUUACCGAGGGAAAGUUUCGUUUCUAUGAUUUUAACCAAUAAAAUAUCUGGCUUGAUCAGGUUUGUUAUUGUAGUAAUGACGUAUGUAAUGAACACAGGGGUUAAAAGGAGUAAUUAGAAUAAAUUGCGAGCAUGUCAAACAUAUUUCAAAGUUGCAGAUCUUGUUUUGAUUGAAAGAGAAUAUUUUCCUUCAUUCCCAUAUCAACCCAAAGAGUUUAUAGUUGUGAUGGUAUUUCAAGACAGGAUUUUAAUUUUUCAGGAUAUGUUUACCUGUUUUUAGAAAAUUCCGUAGUUUAUCGCCUUUUGCGUGCGAUUAAAUGUUCAAGAUACGUCUCAACGAUAUUUCUAUGAUAUAUUUUUACAGCAAGUAAAGGGCCGGUAAUGUCUAACUCUUGUAGAACAGAAAUAAUGUAAGGCGAAGAUAACACAUGAAAGUACUUAUUGGCUGAUAAUAGAAAUCUUCGUUCACAUUGUAACGUCUCUUCUGCAAAUUUUGGAUAUCGUUGUUUAUGAACGUAUAUUUAUCUUCAAAGUCGCAUAAAUUCUCAAGAAGUUUGAGCGUUGCACAUAAGUUCGAUCAUAACUGCUGGUACUUGGCAAAGAAAGGCAAGAAGCAAUUGAUUUUUCUUUCCAUUCUGAAACUUAACGGGCAACUUGCGAUUCUGCUUGCUAUUAGGGGGGAUUUGAAAACAGGAGCAAGGAUGUUGGUCACUCUUAGUCCAACGAAAAGUAUCCAAAAAUUGAAUCUAUGUUGAAUAACUUAGCAAACAUGGUUUUUUGCGAAUAUGAGAAAAUGGUUUGUAAAUGAGAAGAAGCUUUAAAGUUGUACUUUUUUCUAUCACUGCCUUGAAGAAUUUGCGAUUAAUUAAGUUGGACCAACGGAUGAAAGAAAAAAACUGGUUUUUUCAUGGCCUAAAAAUCAUCAACGCUGUCCCUUUUGUGUCAUUGGUUUUAAAGAAGGAAAUGUCUAUUCCAAUCUGACUUCAAAUCGGCGAUUAGCCAUCUUAAGUCACCACUCCAUCCACAAAAGCUUGUUUUUUAUACUGUUUGUUUUUUCUCUCUGAAACCUCUUACUUGUAAGUUUUGCAAGAACGAAUGUUUUAUUCGCGACUUUUUACCUCAAUUAUGCGUUUUUUUUUCUAUUCUGUCACAUCUGUUUCUCAUACCAUAGAUCAAAAAUCCAAUUGAAGAAUAAGAACUCAACCUAAUGCAACUACAUAAUGGUUCGAAAACUCUUUCCGCCAAUAACUCUUUACUUUUUCUCUGAAAAUUAUUCUAACCACGCGUCUAUGUACUUUGCUGUUGCAGUCAUUUCAGAUACCGGCAGAGACAAAUGUCUCUGCCGAUAUGUUUUUGUUAGUAAUAUAUCUAUAUCGUCUCUUUGCCCGUCAGAUUUUUGCACGCAAUUCCUCAACACGUCCCAAAAAUAACAUCACAUUGUUUGGUUAAUAAUGACACAGUUUCUUUUUAUUGUAGACUUUUGUGACGCUCAUUUUUGAUUCCCAGCUCCUCCAGAACUUAAACAUGGGCGGUUGUGUAAUCUUGUCAAAACAUGAUUCUUCUCAUUUAAAAGGCCUACGAGUAUAUUCUUCGUGACUUACUGUAACACAGUUGUAACAUUUACCUAAUCAAUAAAAUUUCUGGAAACAAUAAGCCCUUCACUUAUGUCUCAAAAUGGCUAAAAUUUAUUAUUUUUUAAAUCUUUUUAUUUGAAAGGAUUUGCAGAAAAUACUUCACUUUCAUUAGAAAUUACAAAGUUUUUAACUGUGGAGACUUUGUCGUCAUUUUACUUGGCAAGUUAAAUUGCAUAAAGCAAAACAAAAUGUCUAGGAUUAACUAACUCAAAAGUGCUUUUAAAGUAAAUUAAAAUAGUUUGUAAAGGGAUACUACGAAGUCUAACCUAAGACACAAAAGUAAUUUCAUUAUUCUUGGUGACAUUUUAAAUGGAACAGUCUAAAAGAGAUUUAAAAGCAUCGAUUGAUGUUAACUGUUAGAAUGUUACUAAAACCAAUAAACUUUCCACUAAAAUGAUCAAAUUAAGAAGUAUAUUGCACAUUCUGAAACCUAGCGCAUUUAUGGUUUACAGCAUUAAAAGAUUGCUUUUCCAAGAUGAUUUUACCUCUAUAAUCUUCAAGAUUAAUUCUUUAUUAGCAGAGAUUUGUCAGGUCUUUAAAUGACAGUAUACGCUAUCGUAUCUAGAAAUCAAACUCUGUUUUAUUUUGGAACGGUUUUGUAAGUAGUUAACCUGAAAAUAAUCGAUCGAUUUAUCCUUAAAACCAUGACUGUUAAUGACAUUAUUACUAUUUGUAAACCGGCAAUUCAAUCAAGUUAUUUCUAGAGAGCUCGAAAGAUCUUUGCUCGAAAAGCAGCCCUUUUGUGUCAAACCCAACACUCACAAAUUCUUCUAACCUCUUGCACACAGUUGAUGGUUGCAUGGAUAAUUGUGCUUCAUUUCCUAGUUUGAUAUCAUUGCAGUGAUUUCUACAAGACUGCAAAUACAGCAAACUGAGGCGAUGUUUCUAUCUUGAGCUUCAAAUCUUUUAAAACAAUUCCUUUGUACUUCAAAAUUUGAAAAUAGCACGGAAAGGGAAAAAAAGCAUACCAAAGUAUUUUUUUCCACGCCCUGUUUCCGUUUUUCGUUUUAUCUUGGAUUUCUUUAAACUUCAAAUCUGAAAUUUUCGCAGUUCAUCCGAAUACAUUUAUAUAUUAUUGUCUGUUUUGUAAAUGCUUGAAAUUUCAAAUAAUGUGUUUCCUGUUUCAUGAGCUUGCAAUACGCUUACAAUCUUUUAAAUCUGACUAAUUUCAAUUAUUUUCUACAAUACUAGUUGUGCAUAUCCAAUUUUUUUCACUUGCAUUCUUGAAAAUUGAAAAAAAUUCAUCAACUGCUACAAAAGUAUUCUUAUUCAGAAAGGUCUUUUUAUCAAAUGGAAUGCCCUGCCAUUUUUGAUGCCGAAAAAUGUUGUUUUUGCAGCCAGUUUCUAAUUAACUAAUUCCAAAACCAUCAGCAUAUUAGUUGCAAUUCUAUUUUUAUUUAAAUCGCGCAAAGAUCUCAUUAUGAAAAUUUUAUCCGUUGCUUCUAUCAGUUGAACCCGAUGAGCAAGUCUAAAACAAACACUUUCCUCUUGAAAGUUUUAGUGUAUAUUUUAUCUGGUGUUUGUUAAAACAGGUUAUAUUCCAGAUUACACAAGAUAGACUUGCUUUCUUCGUCGUGUAACAUCAUCAAGACAAGAACAUAGUGCUACACUAGAUUUCAAUCAAGGGCAAAAUGUUUUUGUAUAUUCCUAUCUACUUUAAAUAUUUCUCAUUCUUUGCUGUUUAAAGGUGGAUGAUUCUAUCUUGAGAUAUAUCAUUUCGAUACUGUUUUGUGUACAAAUUCGACUAUGCUUCAGCACAACGAUGCUUCAGCGACUGAGCUUUAGCAUCAGUCUCAUUGUAACAUUGUAUCUAGACAUACUUUCUUACCAUAGAUAAAUUGCAAUUUUAAUUUUGUCUAGACUCCUUGGAAGUUUUGAAACAAGAUGGUUUUGCUGCGUAACAACUGACCUUAGUAGCAAUUUUAUUUUUAAUCAGAACUUCUCUGUUAGCCCCCAAAACUUGAGCAUCAAUCUUGAAGUAACUGGGUCAUGAGUUGAUAUCAAUACGAUCUACAGUUCAUAGAAUGGGAUUUGACAGCUUUUAUUCCCUAGUCAGAAUACCUGUUUUAUGUUGCAGUAUUUUAAAAUAAGUGUUGUCGCUAAAGCCAACGCCUUUCCUCCGCCUAAAGUUGGCUUCUCCCCAAUAACCAUGUGUGUUAUCUUCACCCCAUUCAUCUAUGACAUGUCAUAUAUCAUCUCAUUCUUUAAAACAAUGGACUUAUAUUUACUGGUAUUGCGUAAUUUUUUUAUAGUUUGUCGGUAAUUUAUAAAAGAGGACCCGUCAAGAUUCUUUAUCUGCUAAACAUCAAGCCAAUCACUUUAAUGAAAAUGGCAAGAACGAGCAAGCCAGUUCCGACAUGGCCAUCUAGUUCUUUGGAGAACUAUGACUCCUACUCCAGUUCAUUACAAUCCGCUUCACCAAUCUGCAGAAGCAAUGCGCCGAUGCCGAAGAAUUUGCCAAGCUGUGCCCUAGCCAGACGAAAGGAAGACGAAGCUUCUCCAGCUUCAUCAGAAACAACUGCUGAUUCAGGUGACAGUUUUCCUGGAACGGAAGAGGAAGAAAAUGACAGACGCAAACAGAAGAAGCGAGGGAUAUUCCCCAAAGUGGCAACUAAUAUUAUGAAGGCGUGGCUGUUCCAACAUCUGACUCAUCCAUACCCAUCGGAAGAGCAGAAGCGGAUUUUGGCAAAUGAAACUGGAUUGACAAUCCUACAGGUCAAUAACUGGUUUAUCAAUGCACGCCGCCGCAUUGUCCAGCCGAUGAUUGACGCAUCAAGCCGCGCGGGAAAAUCUCCAGUUGUUACUAUCUUCAAGUCACGGAAACGGAGGAGUUCUAGCCCUGACAUGCUUCAUCGUGAUCCGCAUUUCACGCCAAUUCCAUCCCAUUACCAGCACGGAAGCUAUCAUUCUGAUUAUCAUUUCCCGUCAGUCCAUUCCGGGUAUUACCCAGAUACCCCUGCUCCACCUGCUCCUUAUAUGCCGCAGUCAUAUGCCCCGUGUCAAUUUCUGGCUAAUUCUCAAACAACAAACACCACGGCACAGUCGCCACCCUUACCAAGCUGCAUGGAAUCCCGUCCGCCAUUGAUGCAGCCAUCUUACGGACUUUGGUCAUCCAAUCAUCACUCACCGAGCCAUUUUUCUCAGAAUUACUCCUUACCUACAUACGUCUCGGAUUCGCAAUACCAACAUGGACAGUUUUAUGUUAAGGCAAGUUAAAAUUAUAUGCAAGUGCCUUUAUUAUAGGUUUAGUUCUGUGUUGUGGAAAUUAUCAAUAUGUUAUAUAAUUCCGCAUCUUAAUCUAAUGUAUAGGGUUGUUUAGUAUAAGUUUCAAUAGGUAAUUAUCCUUUAGAGUUGUAUCCCUAGCACCCUGUCAUAAACAGUGAGUGCAAAUCCCUUGAAUCAAUGAGUAAUUGCUUCAAAAAUAUAAUUGUUACCUUUUUUUAAUAAGCCAGUUGCUUUUUGCUAAACCUGAAAGCAUCCAGUCAUCAUUACAUCAUACACGUUUGUUUUUACCAUUCAAUGUUUUGCAGCUACUGAAAACCAAAUUGCUUUAUACAGCAUUUAUCUAAUUUCAAUUAACAGCUCAUCAAAGCAUCUGGUAAAACAUCAGUUUUACGUACCUUAGGGCAAUUCUGAAAUAGUGUCUGAUUACCAUCUUUUGUUUAUCAAAGUAACCAGCCUUCUCCUACUAAAUUGUUUUUCUUCAACAUAACCGUACACGAGUCCCUUCCACAUACAUCGCAACAGGAACAGGCUGCAAAACACUUUUGCCACCAAUGUUUUUAUGACACUAUGAAACAAAAUAACUUUAAAUCAAAGGCAUAUCCGAGUAAAUCAUCAUGUAAAUAGAUCAUCAUUGAUUCAACUGUGUAACAGUUUUAAGGUAGGUUUUGAAACUUUUGUUCUGCUUUUGCUAAAUUACUUUUCUUAAUCAAUUACUACUUGUCGCUAUAUUCUAUAUAAAGUGAAAUUAGUGACUAGUUUGCUUUCAUUUAACAUAAUUUUCGAAUUUUCAUCAUUAAUUGCAUGAAAUAGUAUAUAAAGAGUAUGUAGUUUUUCUUUAAAAGUUUUUGUGUUCAUUAUUUGCUAGAAUUCAAGUAUAGAAACCUAUGUGAAAAGAUUGGCACAUUUUUCUAUUCAAAUAGUGAUUUGUAUAGAAAACUAUCCAUCAACAUUUUCAAAACCGGCCUAAUAUCAUACUGCAUGAAAAUACAAAACAUAGUCAAUUUCUCAAGACAGCUACCGCUAAGCAUGCUGGUCGCGCAAGAGCCUUAAAACAUUUGUUUGCAAGAUGCAGAAACAAUGGUCUAAAAAGUGCACAAGUUUUUGGCCAUAGAAUUUUAUAAACAAAAUUUGUUUUCAAGCCAUUCAGUGAGCAACAGGAACGUGAUGUUAAGAUUUUUCAUUCCGUUUGAAAAUUAAAGUUGCCAGCCAAAGCUUUCUUUCUUUUUCAAAAAAAGCAACAGUAAAUAUUUAUAUGUUCGCAAAAGAAUAAGAGCUUGACUAAAAAAUACAACAUUCAACUUGGCUUGUGAUUUUGUGAAGUAGACUAGAAGUUUGCACUCGUUUCCAGCUAGGCAACUGUUAAUUCAGACAAACUCUGUUUUCAAGUUGUUUCCAGUAAAAAAGUAAACUUUAUAGCUCAUCCUUGCUGACAAAUACAAUAAAAAAUAAUGGAAUAGGUGUGAAUAAUUAUGAACGAGCGGUGUGAAUAUAUGUUUACAUUUAGGGAAAACUGAGGUGUUUAUUUACAAGAUAAAGUUUGCUUACUAGUAUAAAAAAGAUAAUUAAUAACCUUUGACGUACCAACAGAAGAAAGUUCUCUUCUGGUGAGAAGUUGCCUUGCGUAAUUUUUUUCCUUACUCUACAUGGUAAUUAGAAAAUUUUGUAAAACUACGUUAUGUGUUAAUUAGCGAGUUUUGUAGUUGCUAGUCUUAUGUGUUGAAUAUAAUUAAGUAUAACAAAUUGUUUCAAUGCAAUUGACUAUAUAUUUCAAGGUAUAUUUCAAAA